AUGGGCUUAGGAGGGGGUUGUCUUAUUUUAGUCUACAACUCGACCACAAAACAGACGGUUGCCAUCGAUGCCAGGGAGGAGGCGCCCAAAGAGUCGCACAGAGACCUCUUCGCCAACAUAAGUGGCGACCGCAGACUUCCACUCUCUAUAGGAGUUCCCGGAGAACUGGCCGGUUAUUGGGAACUACACCAGAGGUUUGGGCGACUCGAGUGGUCACAGCUUUUCAAUGGUGCCAUUGAAUUAAGUAGAAAUGGAUUUUAUGUUUGCAAUCAUUUGGAUAAUGCCCUCAAAUAUAUGAGUAGACAUAUAAAUAAUAAGUUCUCAACUCUUCGCAAAUUAUUUAUAGAUCCAGAUACUAAUGAAUGCUAUAAACGGGGACAUAAAAUGAGCAAUGAGAAAUUGGCGCAAACUCUAGAAAGAUUGGCUAACAGUUCAGAUCCUAUUGAAUUGUUUUAUCGAGUAAUCGCUAAAGAUAUUAUCAAAGAUAUUCAAGAAUUCACUGAUAAAUCCAAUUUUACAUAUUUGAAUAAAACAAUAAUAACAUUAGAAGAUUUCCACGAAUAUAAGUCCAAAACUAAUUUAAUUCCCGUUAAAACUCAUCUGAAGAGAGGGAACUACACGUUACACUCGUUUCCAUUGCCCGGAAGUGGAGAUUUGUUGGCAUUUAUGUUGAAAGUGAUGGAGCAGUACGAGGACGAUAUGAACCACAAGACCGGCAAAUCACUGAACAAAACCACACUUUUUUACCAUAGACUCAUCGAGACAUUCAAAUUCGCUUUCAGUCGACGAACACUUCUGGAAGAGGACACCGAUUAUAACAACCAUUUUGUCAAACAAUUGACUUCCGAUGAGUUCGCCAAAGAAAUAAAGGAAUUAAUCGACGACUCGAAGACUUUUCCCAUAAAAUCUGGAAAAUAUGGAAACAAUAUUCACAUCACUGAAGAUAAGGGAACGGCUCACGUGUCGGUCAUCGACGGUAAGGGUAAUGCCGUAUCAAUCAGCACAACCAUCAAUUCAUACUUUGGGAGCAAAAUAUAUUCAAAACGCACGGGUAUUAUAUUAAACGACGAACUCUUUGAUUUUAAGAAAUAUAAAUAUCCGGCAAAUGAAACAAAUCUAAUAAAUCCCGGCAAACGUCCGCUCAGUUCGAUGUGUCCGACAAUAGUAACCGAUAGUAAAGGUAGAGUACGGCUAGUGAUUGGGGGCGCCGGCGGUACAAAGAUUACUACAGGAGUGGCAUUCGUUAUGCUAAGACAUCUGUGGUUUGAAGAGGACAUUAAGAAAGCUAUAGACGCCCACAGACUUCACCAUCAGUUCAGUCCCGAUCAUAUCGUAUAUGAGAAGGAAUUCUCCGAACAAAUAUUGAAUGGAUUAUCAAAAUUAGGCCAUAAGUUGUCCGAAUUGAAAGGAAGGGGAUCUGUAAUUAUGGCUAUAAGUGCUGAUCAUAAGCUUUCAGCCAAUUCUGAUUACCGCAAAGGGGGUGAUGUCGAUGGUCUCUAA